CCUCCCUACUCCUAACCACCCUAGCAAACUGGAUGAAAGUCAUCAUAUCAAACUGAUGUUGUCAACACAAACGUAUAUUGAUCUCUUCUUCACCGAGCCUUUCCUUUCUUUCAUCAGCAGUUGAUUCGCCAUUGAUUCCGGCAUGGCGGCAAAGGGGGAAACUCUCAAGCUCAAUUCAUCCAAAACCCAACCCCCCAAUCGUCCCAACACCGAUUCGUCAUAUUCUCUCGAGAAAUUUCGCCUGUAUGAAACUCAAGCCAGGUUUUAUCUGAUUGGGAGCGACAGAAAUAAGCAGUUAUUCAGAGUGCUUAAGAUUGACAGAAUGGAACCUUCAGAACUGAAUAUUAGUGAAGAUCCAGUCGUUUACCCCGUUAAGGAAGUGAAGAGCUUACUGCAAAGGAUUGCUGACGGCAAUAGAGCCACUGGAGGAUUGACUUUUGUGGCCAAAGUUUAUGGCAUUGUUGGUUGCAUCAAAUUCUUGGAGUCGUAUUAUCUUGUAUUGGUGACAAAGCGCCACCAGAUUGGAUGUAUUUGUGGUCAUGCCAUUUAUGGAAUUGAUGAGAGUCAAAUCAUUGCAAUUCCACAUGUGUCUGUUCAGACUGAUCUUGCUCAUUCAAAAACUGAGCUGCGGUACAAAAAACUUUUAUCCAGCGUUGACUUGACCAAGGAUUUUUUCUAUAGUCAUACAUAUCCUAUAAUGCGCAGCUUGCAAAAGAAUGUUCUGUCAAUGAGUGAGAAAGAGAUGCCAUAUGACAAUAUUUUUGUAUGGAAUGCAUACUUAACAGAACCAAUCAGAUUCAGAUGUAAGAACACCAUGUGGACAAUUGCUUUGGUUCAUGGACACUUUAGGCAGGUCAGGCUAUCAAUAUUUGGAAGAGAUUUUAAUGUUUCCUUGAUCUCAAGACGGUCUAGACAUUUUGCUGGGACACGGGAAGGGCCUAAGGAGGAAGAACAACUACCCAGGUCAGUAUUGUGUCCCUUUUGACCUAUUUGGGAAUGCAGUGCAAGUACCCCUUUAUCUCCCUUCUCUAUAAAAAGGCCAAUGUUUGGAUGCAAAUAUACUUGGUUUCGUUUUUCUGAAUGUUCAUUUCUGAUUCAAUACUUCUAGUUUUGCAGUUAUCUUUUAUUCACUUGGAUGGUUAUUUUGGUUGAAUUGCUGUCAGUUUUGCCUGUUUAGAUUUUGUGUAGUGUGCUGGUAGAACUCUUGAUAGUGUAUUUACUUUAAAGACAUAAUGUACUUUUUAAUCAAUUUCAAACAGAUGGCAAAACUUGUAUUUUGAGGUUAUGACACUUAUUACUGAUAGAGAGUUUGAAACAAGAU